GGUCCCACCAUUGCCAUGGACAUGGCUUCACUACCUUGACUGAACUCAACCCAGUCUCGUAUUUCAACGUUGCGUUUCCCGCCAUGCCGUCAGCUCUCGUAACAUGGCUUGAGGAUCACGGUGCUCGCAUAUACGGCUGCGAAAUUCGCCAAUGCCUUGCAAAAACUUCGCCAUCCGUCGCGUCAGUCCCCUCCAUGUCAUCAGAAUCCAACCUCGUGACGACUGAUUCACGAGUAGGAGACGUCAGGGCCAGUGAUCGAUCAGCUAUCGUGGGAGAAGACUCGCAAGCAUACUCGAGUGACGCCACGACUGGCGAUUCCGCUACCACGGAGGGGGAAGCUGCAGAACGGGGGGCUCGGACGGGUGAUCAUGCCCCCUCCAGUGCCGGAUUUGGCGUUUUCCUAUCCAGAUUGGAUAGGGAUGAGCGAAAAUGCACCGUCGAUGGAGACACCCUGCUUCUCUCAGUGCCCCUCUCUCUCCUCCUCUCCGCGCCCACUGCCCUUCAAGACCCCCUCUACGGAUCCACCCUCCGCCGCCUGCACGCCCAAGGCCUGCUGGAUCACCGCAUGCUCGUCAUCCUCCUCCUCCUGCUGCACCGAUGCCACCAGAAAGACCGCUCCUUCUGGGCUCCGUACCUCGCCUGUCUUCCGCAGUCAUUUGACUCGCCCCUGUGGUUCGACCAGGCCACGCUGGAGGAGCUCACAGGCACACCUCUGCACGCGGCUGCAUCCGCACAGAGGGCCAACUUGAGGCGUGUGUAUGAAGAACAGGUGGAGCCGCUCUUUGUUGUUGUGGUGGGGGAAGCAGAGGACGGGCGCAGUGGAGACGCCUCCACCAGCAUCUCCCUGUACGACUUCCUCUGGGCCAAUUCCAUCUUCUGGUCGCGAGCUCUCAGCCUCCCCCUCACUCCCUGCCGCUCUGCUUAUGCUGAUGUCGCUGGCGCUGGUAAUGCUGAUGAUGCUACUGUUACUGCUGACGCUGACGCUGAUACUGCUGAUGCUGGUGAUGCUGGUGAUGCUGGUGAUGCUGGUGAUGCUGUUCGCGAUGCCACUCCUGCGUCUUCCGCGUCACGCUGUCUGGAGGCGAUUGUCCCUGGAAUCGACUUCUGCAACCACUCCAUGCUUCCCUGCGCUCGAUGGGAGGUCUUCACAGCCAAUCAGCUCACGCGCUUUUCUGGAAAGAGUGGCAACGGGGGAGAAGGCGAUGGGAUGGGAGACGGAGGGGUGGCAGGUUCAGCGUCAGUCGCACAGCCACUUGACCCGAUGACCAACUCUGAUGCUGUGUGCCUGCUGCAAGUGUUGCCCACUGUGGGGAGCAACGAGGUGACCAUCAGCUAUGGGGACAAGGGCAACGAGGAGCUUCUGUUUCUCUACGGCUUUGCCAUACGUAACAACCCCCACGAGCGCCUCAUGCUCAACUACCCCGCUGCUCAGCUGCAGGACGACCCAUGUGCCGACACCAAGCUGCAGCUGCUCGCAAUCCAGGACCUCUCACUACAGUGGAUCAUUCCUCGUUGCCCGAAGAAUCCAAAGAUUCUUCAGGGGCAGCAUGAGGACCAGGAGCAGCAGCAGCAGGAGCCACAGCAGCAGCAGCAUGAGGCACAGGAGCAGCAGCAGCAAGAGCCGCAGCAGCAGCAGCAUGAGGCACAGGACCAGGACCAGGAGAAAUGGCAAGCGCAGUGCAAGGAAGAGGGGCUGCAGGAGAAGCAGCAGCAGCAGGAAAAGGAGGGGGGGCAUGAGCCUGGAGACCUGUUUCCCCACGGCAUGAUGGCGGCACUGCGAGUGCUCUCACUCACUGAACUGCAGGUGGUUGCCGCCACAACAAUACUCAUGGAGUGCAAGGCAGCUGCAGGGGAGGCUCCUCUCAACCCUGCAGACGCAGAGGAGGCAGUGAGGGAGGCAGGAGGGGGGGAUGCACAGCCGCUGCUGCUGCUGCAACAGCUUCUGCAGCAAAGACUCGACAACAUGCUACAAACAGGGUCUUCCGAAGAUGAUGCAGCUUGGCUGCAUGCACAUGCGCGCACUGGUGUGCUUGAUGAUAAGAGUAUGCGGCACAAAGCCCUCUGUGUGGUUUACCGCCUGGGUCAGAAGCUAUUAGGUCAAGAGUUGCUUACUAGUGCUCGCACAUGCAUCCUGUGAGACAUACGGGUGGGUGGUACAAUAGCAGAUGCUGAGAAUGGUGGAUAUAAGUGAGUGGAUGUAGGUACUGGCAGCAUCUGCCAUGUGUUAAGGCAUAUAAGUGAAGGUGGUAAUUUGUUAUUUGUGGGGUAUUUAAUC